AGAGGAAAGAAACCCCAGCCUCCUGUAUUUUGCACACGUGUUUGGGAUAAAGCGACCGUUUUAUUUACUUUCGCACUGUAGAUCUCGCUGCUUAGAAUCUCAGAUAUCAUUAAGAAAGAUGCCUAAAGUUAAAGCCGAGAAAAAAUCUCGACAGCACCUGGAGGUGAAGAGUCAAGGAAUUAUGUUCAAUACUGGUAUCGGUCAGCAUAUUUUGAAAAAUCCUUUAGUUGUCAACGGCAUCAUAGAGAAGGCAGCCCUACGCCCAACAGAUGUGGUUCUAGAAGUUGGUCCUGGAACUGGUAACAUGACUGUCAAACUUCUGGAGAAAGCUAAGAAAGUAGUUGCAUGCGAGUUGGACACCAGACUUGUUGCAGAGCUUCAGAAAAGAGUUCAGUGCACUCCUAUGCAGAACAAGCUUCAGAUACUCAUAGGAGAUGUCCUUAAGGCAGAGCUGCCCUUUUUUGAUGUCUGCGUUGCUAACUUGCCUUAUCAGAUAUCGUCACCUUUUGUGUUCAAGUUGUUACUUCACAGACCAUUUUUUAGAUGUGCAGUGCUGAUGUUCCAAAGAGAGUUUGCCAUGCGGUUGGUGGCUAAACCAGGAGACAAGCUAUACUGCAGGCUUUCCAUCAACACACAACUUCUAGCCAGGGUGGACCAUCUCAUGAAGGUGGGAAAGAACAAUUUCAGACCACCUCCAAAAGUUGAGUCCAGCGUGGUAAGGAUAGAGCCAAAAAAUCCACCGCCACCUGUCAACUUCCAGGAAUGGGAUGGCCUUGUCAGAAUUGCUUUUGUUAGAAAGAACAAAACACUCAGUGCUGCUUUCAAGUCUGCUGCGGUCAAGCAACUUUUGGAGAAGAACUACAGAAUCCAUUGCUCAGUGCACAACAUAGAAGUGGCACAGGAUUUUAACAUGGCUCAGAAAAUUGACAAUGUCCUCCAAGAGGCAGAGUUUAGUGAAAAGAGGGCACGCUCUAUGGAUAUAGAUGAUUUCAUGGUGCUUCUUCAUGCAUUCAACUCAGCUGGGAUACACUUCUCCUAAGGAACAGCUUCUAGAUUGACAGGAAGUGAUGUCACAGUCUUCUGGUAUCCAGUAAACAGCUUUUCUUUUCAGUGGCCAUACAAAGGGGCACUUAGUCAUUCAGGUUGUGAAGGUUUUAUGUACCUUUCCUUAAUGGGAAAAUAUUUGAAGAAUCUCUUUUCAGAUAGUAGAAAAACUGUUGUGUGCAUGGUGACUGUCAAGAGUUCAAGUUGAUGGCAAAGUCUGUAUACCUGAGGCUGAAUUAACAAAAAAAUAUUGGUCUUCCUCAUCUAUCUCAGUACUACACACACUGUCCCACCACUGUGUACUACAAUACUGAACUGUCAGUGAGAAAUUAUUAGCCUUUAUAGACAUACAGUUAAGUUAACUGUAGGUGUAUUAUGUAAUCUUUUGACAUGUCAAUAUUUGAUGACAAAUUAUGUUUACGUAAUAGGUUUUAUGACUAUUCUAUUAAAAUUCUUUAAGGGCAUGUUUCUUAUGAAAGCUGAUGAUUUUGAGUAUUCCGAGCUUUCUGGAUGAAGCAAUUUAAAGAGAACUUGCCUGAAAACAAUAAUAUUAUCACAAAAUAUUAAAGCUGAAGCAUGCUUUGGGUGAGCCAUUAUCCACUAAGCAAAUGCACAAAGUAUAAACAAUGAGGGUGCUCUACAUUAAAGUGGUCGCCCUUAUGUCGUAUUCUCUACAAAUGAGCUAACUUUUCCAUGAGGCAACUCUGAUGGGCCCUGUACUGUGUGGGUACAAAACUGCACCGCACCCGAUGUACACUGGGUACUGAGUGGUGACUAAUGCCAUAGUGGAGUUAGUAUACAGGGUGGGACACCACUGAGUGGCAUUAUUGGGACUUAAAAUUGACAGAACAGGUGGACCCACCAUAUGUUUUAAUCAUUUCGCAUUUAAUACAGUCAAAAGAGUCCCCUAUUAUUUCUAACCACCACUUGUCCUAAUUGUGGUCUGAAAAAGUUGCUUUCUUUACAAAUAAUACAUUACAUACUUUCAUAAUGGUAACUGAUGUUGGUUAUUCACAAGACAUGAGGUUACAUCACUGGAUCAUUAUUUUCAUGAAUGUAAUGCAUGCAGUUGCAUUGCCAGCUAUGUAAGCGAUGCAGUCCCCAAGAACAGUGAAGAGACAGUUCACCCAAAAAUGAAAAUUCUGUCAUAAAUUGCUCAUCUUCAUGUUCUUUUAAACCUGCAUUACAUUCUUUCAUUAAACACAAAAGAUGUUAUGCAGAAUGACCGGUGACCAUUCACAUUCAUUGUAUGGAAAAAAGAUGCUACGAAAGUGAAUGGUGACUGAGACUAACGCACUGCCUUUGUUGGGUUUUAAGCAAAAUGAGGGUGAGUAAAUGACAACAUUUUCAUUUUUGGACAAACUAUCUUUUGAAAUGGUUUGUUGCCAUUACAGUAUUUACCACUGGGUGGCACUCAAGUAUUGCUGUGGAAGUUAACAGUUGCUGCUGUUGCCAAUGAAGGCUAUCUGAGUAAUGGCUAUUUUGAACAUGUUGUUUUUUCUUUAUAUUUCUUGUCAUGAAGAGUUCAAUAAAUACUUAAUGAUACCGUGUGACUUAUGAAAGACAGCAAGAAAGUGUGGGAGACUAAAAUAGAUCUAAAUAGAUUUUUAAAAACACAGAGAGAACGUAGACUGACAUGAAACUUGAUGCAAUCAAGUUAGCAUUUUAACCCUCUCACAAAGAAAGUCAUUAAUUUCACGCCCACCAAUGCCAAAAUGUCUUCGUUCGUUACUUGGCUUUAGUUCCUUACUGUAGUAUUAACAGAUCCAUCUCCAUUGACUGGGAGCUGGCUGGGAUUCUUGUAAGCACCAGGGUGAAAUGUCUUGCCCUAUAGGGAGCAGGAAGGAAUUGAUUAGAGUUGCAACGCCACAGAUGUACAGCUUAAUCUGAGUGACAAUUACCUCUUCUGUCGACCAAUGUAAAAAUUUACUCUUGUCUACCUGAUGGAGACAGUACAGCAAAUCCACUGCAUAUGCAGUUAUUAGUUUAAUUGAUUAAUUAAUUUACAAACUGAGAGUACUAAAGGUUAAAAUGAAAAAUGUAAAUAUAUGCAAAGACAGAGCAGGAGGUGAAGCAAUAGGUGGAUGGAUGGAUGUAUUUUAUUAACCUAUAAGAGACUCAUCGCUUAUGCCAGUUAGUGUUUUGUGUAUUACAAAUGUAAAUUUGUAGAAUGAUGGACCCAAGAAAUAUUUGAGAUUUACAUGUAUAUAUCCUAAAAGUUCAUCUUUAACCCUCAUUUCCCCAUUUUUUUUCUUGUCAAUUAUGCAUGGACUAUGCAAAUUAAUUUUCAAUGUUCUCAGCUUUUGAAAGAAUUUCUAAAAAACUCCCCACAUUGGCUCUCGACACUUUUCACAAAUCACACACUUUAAAGUGACGCAUAAUACAUAAAAUUCUUAAGAGCAAACAGUCAUUUCAGUUUGGCUUUUCCAGUGCUAUUCUUGUUUAAUUGUUUCACAACACAUCAGUUUUUCUUGCGGAAGGUGUGGCUGAAUUGUCGGAGAAAUUUAUGAAGCCUUACAGCAAAAUGCACUCGCCAGCACAAACACUGUUUUACAAACAUUGUAGCUGAGUCACUAAUGCUCAAUUAGCCUUUAGGUUUUCCUCUUGGCUCCUAAGGUCACGAUGAACAUAAUUAAUUUGGCUUCAGGUGUGAACCCCUCUUAUGCUGUCCAGAUACUGUCCUAGUUUUCCUGUAUUCAGGUUCUCGUCAGUCACAUAGCCUAAGGCCUGCUGAUAGGAUCAAGAUUAGAAAUUCAAAUGUCUUCUUUGAAGUAAAGAGAAAGAGCUUUUGAGUCUGGGGCCUGGAGGACAUGGCGGCCGAGUUUGCACAUUGAUGCUGUGAAACGUGUUUGACUUUGAGAUUUAUUUAGUUGUCUGCUGUAUCUGUUCCCUUUUUCCAAUUCAAUAGUUCACAUGGGGGAGAUACUUGGAUUCUGUGGAUCACUGUGAUACAGAAUAAAUGAGACUUGGAACGAUUGAAUGUCAUGGGAAACAUUUGACAUACUGGUCAAAAAUUACUCAUUGCAGGGUUUAUAUUGAUGAUUUAAUGUAAAUUCAACACCAUGUCAACUGCAAUUCUUGCUGGUAAUGGUUAACAAAUUACAACUUUGUCCAGUGUUGGGGAAGUGAGUUUUAAAUUCCAUUGAAUCAACUACCAUUAUUUCUCAGAAUUUCUGUGAUUGAAAAUCUGAGUUUUUAUUUAAUGAAUGAGUCAGCAUUAAACUUGAACAGAUACAGUUGUACUAAAUACAACAAAAAUACAGUACUUGACUAUAAUGAUUUAAAAGUAUAUUGAUUAAAAAAUGCUUUUAACUAAAAACAAAAGCUAUGUAAAAAAAGCAAAAUCCUGUACAAGGACUUCUGCCAAGACUGUUUUUUGUUUUCUUGCUCUGCUUACUCGACUGUAAAACUGUGGACACAAUACAUAAUAUGACAAAAACAUUAAUAUUUAUUAUUUAUUAAUAAUUCCUUACAUUUUUACGCACUACACCGCAACUUGUCGGAAAGAUUAGCUAAUAUCUAGAAAAGCUAUGCUAUUCUGACAGUAAAUAACAGCUGAGCUAUUAACACUCAGUUUAAAAAAAUAAGUUAGAAGUGUCACUACUUUUAGUUAGUUACUCCAAUCAAUGCAGAUGAAAAUAAAAACUGUGUAAUAUUCAGUGUGGAUUUACCCAUCCUCUUAUUCCCAAGAAAAGUGCCUCUGCCUUCAAUGAUCACCAUUUUUCGUCAUAUGUGUCCAUGCCCAGAUGAGCAAAGUGGUUAUUCGGAUUGGCUAGUUGCAGCAGACCAUGGUAGUACCCCAUAAAUACUCAAUAUAUCAUUUAGCUCUUGUCAGGGUCAAUGGUGCAGGACUGGUCUUUAUGAUAAGCUGGUCUUAAAUCCUCUAACAGGACACAGACAGGGCACUCCAUCAUUUGAGUUUUUCCCAGGUGAGGUCAAAAUGAGGUUAUCCUCUUUUCAGCAGUAUUGAUCUGUGUUAACUGCCAUUGACAAUCAUAUUCUAUCACAUUGCCAUCAUGGGUUUUCUUAGACACAUCUGUAAAAUUGUAUCAUAAUUGCAAUUAAUUUAGAAAUGCAACAUUCAAGGUAAUGAGAACAUGCUGUUAGAUUAUGUAUUUUCUGUCUUUUGUACACUUUUUACAUUUAGCCUUUUUGUUAUUUUUAUAGGAGAGAAGAGAGACUAUGGAAUAUGGAGAAACAGGAUAGGGAAAUGACACAAGCCAGAUUUGAACUCGCAUUGCCCGCAUAUGAGCGCAACAGCUAAAUAUGCUGAAACAUAUGCUGUAACUCAGUUAUUCCCAACCAGGGGUGCAUGUGUAUCCCAAGGGGUACUUAAGCAGGUUCCAGGGGGUAAUAUUUGAUUUGACUUUGUUAAACUUUAUAAAACAGAAAUUAUGAUUUUAAAAUAAAAAAUAUUUGGGGUGUCAGAAGAAUAAACUAAUUCCAAUAUUCCAAUUCCAUUCAGUUACUUUGUUUUAUUUUGUUAAAAAAGAAAAAAAAAAGUAUAUGCAAGUUUUGUCAACUUGUGUGGCUGACACUUUAAAUGGAACUUAUGCGUCUACAUACUAUAAACAGGUAGGGACCCACUUUAUAUUAGGUGGCCUUAAAUACAAUGUACUUAACCAUUUGAUACAAUGUACUUAUUAUGUACACAUGUUGUUGCAUUUUAAUUACAUUUAAAGUACUUGCAUUUAAUUAUAUUUGUAGUUACACUGCUGACUGUACCCCUAACCCUACCCUUACCCCUAAACCUACCCGUACCUCAACCUCAAUAGCAAUAAAUGUGGGAAUUUUGCAGAACAACAUGUAGUUAAACAGUAAAUACGUAGCCUUGUAUGUAUUAAAUGUUAGUACUUAGUAGUUAAGGCCACCUAAUGUGUGACCACAGGUAGAUUUCUUCAACUUUACAUUUACAUGUCUUGCUUACACUUCUCCACAUCAGUACAAUGGUCUUUCCUGUUUUCAUGCUAUCAAAUGUCUCAAAACUAAAUGAAAUUACAAAUGAACAUUCUAACGUUUGCUGCUUUAGUUUGAAAGGCAACUUGGCGAGUCUUUUUCAAUCAGAAUAAAUUGUUUUUAGUUUUAAAAGUGAAAGAAAAAUGUAAUAAUGGCAAUUUUAAGCUAAUGUUCAUUUGUAUCCAGUAUAAAAUGAAUGAAAAGGAACUUAUUUCUGGUUUGGAAAACCAUGAUAAGCCACGGCUCCAACUGUUCACUCAACACAAAUGCAUGAAACACUUCAUGAUGAACUGUUUAUUUUACUUUUUCACUUUACAUUCUCAUGUAUCUUAAAUAUAAAUAAAUAUCUUAAAUAUA